AUGUCGUCUGAUAGUAUUAGCGAAGCUGAUUCUUUUCUUUCCUUAGCUUCCACUCAUUCUCAACCUUCAGACAAAAAAAUUCAAGUUGUUUCUGAUGUUUGGGAUUAUUUUCAGAAAAUAAUUGAUGAAAAUAAUGUUUUAAAAUCAAAAAAAUGCAAAUUAUGUCAUGCAACUUUUGCUGCUACCU